AGUUGCGAUUAGGAAAGUGGGUCAACUAAAGACUCUUUACAAAGGUCAAUCAUUCUACGAAUAGAUCCUAGACGGUGACGUUAGCGAAGCCACGUUUAACUUUAUGAACGAAACGAUGAAAACUGAAGAUUUUCCCGUUGAUCUUUUACCGUUGAAUCUCGAAGAAUUUGGAGAAAUACAAUCUCCAUUCGACGACGUAUUCCGCUGUAUGUCUUUAGACUUAGAGUGUGCACCAACUUGCGAACCAUCAACUCCUUAUUACCCCCCUUCCUUAACACCAUCUCAAAGCGAAGCCGAAUCGCGAGCUAGCAGUCCUAGGCAAACUAAGAAGAAAAAAUCAGAUAAUGGAAAACAGAAGAUUCCGCGACAUAAACGCGAAUCUCACAUCAAUGCCGAACAUCGUCGGCGAUUUAAAAUACAGGUAGGUCUAGCCAGAAACUGGCAGAUUUACGAAUUCCAGAAGCAAUAUGUUUUUACUAAAGCUAACUUUAUGUUACAGAGAGGCUUUGAUGAUCUCUCUAAGUUGGUGCCGGCUUUGAGCGAGUCUGCGGCGCAGGGCACAAAAGAGAGCAAGGCUGGCAUGCUUAAUAAAACCUUGGACUACUGCUAUCAAAUAAGAAGAGAACAUCGCAAAUUGCAAAAAGAAGCCGAUGCAUUACGUUUGGAGGCUCAACAAUUGUCAAAUGAAAUUAAUUCAUAUCAAAUGCAAUUGCCAGAAGGUGGUGUUAGUAGCUCUCCUCAAGAAAGCAACCCGAUGAGAGUCGAACGUAUGUUUGAUGAUUUCGUUCGUGCUCGAACAUUUCAAAAUUGGAAAUUUUGGAUCUUUGCUAUGUUUGUUCGCCCUAUCUUUGAAUCUUACAAUCGUUCAGUUACUUUGCUCAAUUUUCAUCAAUCCGUUCUCAGUUGGGUUGAACAGCAUUGCUCUCUUAUAUCACUCCGUCCUGCAAUCCUAUCACGACUUAGACGCUUGUCUACGUCAUCAUCCAUAAUGGCUAGUCCCGAAAAAUUACCCGACGAAGCUUUAAAAGCGGCAAUGGAUGAAGAUUCUGUAUUACCCUCCUACAAACAUGGACACUCCUAA